AAGCAAAUUCAUUCAGUUGCAAUUGCCCUCCUGAUUCCCCUCUCACAUAAACAUUUCCCGUCCAUACCUUCUUCCGUAGGAGAUCUCAGUCAAGAUGGCGACAUCAUCCGCCAACGCCGAGGACUAUGAUCAGUCCAAGUACUGGGUCGCUCCGGCCAGGAACUUCCGAUCUUCUGCGCGCUUGCACCUACAGCAUUUCCUCGUCCAGAACACCCUUGGCUAUCUCCUAGAACCAACCGUGGCGAAGUCUGUCGGUAGUAGCUCCCAGCAGCUAAAGGUUGCCGACCUCGCCUGCGGCAAUGGCAUAUGGCUAAGCGAACUACACUCUAGCCUUGCGAAGGACGGUGUCUCUGCCCAGUUAGAUGGCUUCGACAUCAACCCUAUUAAUUUUCCGGACCCAGCAUACCUUCCAACGUCUGUAUCGCUCAAGAAGCUUGAUAUUCUUAAGAAACCGCUGCCGGCCGGGCUGAAAGGCAUUUACGAUGUCGUCCAUAUCAGAGCUUUCGUUAGCGUCAUACCUGACUCGGACCACCUGACACCUGUCUUAUCUGCCGCAUCAGAGCUUCUGAAACCCGGUGGCUUUCUUCAGUGGGAGGAAUGCCGAGGUGAUAGAUUCAUCGUCGAGUCGCCUUCGUCCCGGAUAUCCAAAACUGCCUGUGAUACCAUUGUGCAGGUACUCCAAGGAGGCCUCCAAACCAAAGGCAUUCGAAAUGAUUGGGUAGAUGUCCUAGAUACGCACCUUGACAAGUUCGGCUUUCAGAAUGUGUUUCUUCGUGUGCAGGAAAAGAGAAAGCAGGACUUCAAGGCUUGGACUGAAGACUAUUUGAUGGUUUGGGAAGAGCUAGCCGCCUUUUUCCCACCCAAGGCCAAAGAACCGGAUGCACCAUUGACCCGUGAGGCGUGGGUUGAUCUAUUUGCCAGAGGAGUUAAGGAGACGGAACAAGGCGUGGUGGUUCAUCAAGGGAAAGUCAUAACUGCCGUCGGUCAGAAACCUCUGUGAUGCAGUCUCUUCACUACGAAUAUUUGAUUGGCAUGAACUAUUUUCCCUGGCCCUACAUAGUCGAUGAUGUUGGGCUGUCCGGAGUCUUCGUCUUUUCUAGACACAGCCACUCUUCAGUUGCUCUAGCAACUAGCUCAAACGUUGCACUUUUGAAAUAGCCAACAUUGAUAUGUUUUCAUAAUUAAUAUGAGCCGUCUAUGAAAAGGGUUGAAUAGCCAAAUUGACGUUCAUGUUCUCGAUUUAUACGUACUUACGUAAAUCACGUUGCACAUCUGAGGCAUGAUAUCACUAUACUGAGAUAUA